AUGACGCAAAUCAGCUCCCCACAAGAAUCUCCUGCGUUGCCACCCAAGUUCCUUUUCAACAUCGAUGAUGGCCUUGGCGAUUGGAGUGUACCGGUUCAACAAUGGCUCGAUACGCACAAAGUGAAGCUUGAGGAGCGCCAGAUCGAGUUAGACAGGUUGGCGACGGGCUGCAUCGUGUUUAGCCCUGAAGGCAAGGUCCUCCUCAUACAGCGCGCCAGCCAUGAUUCCAUGCCAAACAGAUGGGAGAUACCUGGCGGCGCUGCUGAUGACGGCGAUGCCACUAUUCUGCACGGCGCUGCACGGGAACUAUGGGAGGAAACGAGGCUUGUCGCAAGACGUUUUGUCAGGCCCGUUACAGAGGGGCUAGGGGGAAGGGAUCUGCAAGUAUUCCCAAAUAGUACGGAAACACUAUGGCUUUGUAGGUUUUCAUUCGAAGUCGAGGUCGAAAGUGUGAGUCGAGUUACGUUGGAUGCGGCUGAGCACCGGGAUUUUGUUUGGGCUUCGGAAGAUGAAGUCAGGGCGCAGAAAAUCGGUGACCGGGACAUUCCUAUUACACACGACUCUAUGAAGUCUGUCAUUUUGGAGUCUUUUCGGCUGAGGAAUGAGAACCAGCCUAGCGAAUACUGA